AACAUGAUAUGCGGUCGCGAUGUAACCCGGGACUCGGCCGCUCGGCGUAGCAGUCCUUCUGUGUUUUGAGAUAUUUAGGUGGUUGGCCGAUACUCAUUAGAUUGCCUUCCUAGUAGAGUAAGCUAUUUUGCCCAUUGAGGUGGACUUUUCUAACUCAAUCAUGCUUGACCUCGCGUCUUUGUUCAUGAUCAGGAAACACGAAAAAGGCAGAGCAAAACGGCACAGCAUUGCCUCACAUAAUCGGACUUGGGCCAACGUUCAAGCUUACUCUACAACCGUCGACGAUGCAGCUCCCAGCAAUUGACAUCAUCUAUCAUGAGCCCAUCACCUUGAGUGAUGGGACCGUCUUGUCGGCCAUGAUAUGGCUACCCAAGAACGCCAAGUCACAUCCUGUCCCAGCUAUCCUCGAAUACUUACCAUACCGAAAGCGAGAUAUGACUGCUGUACGCGACGCCAUGAACCAUCCGUAUGUAGCAGCGCAUGGUUAUGCCUGCGUUCGCGUUGAUAUGCGAGGAACAGGCGACUCCCAAGGUAUUCUACGGGGUGAAUACCUACCGCAGGAGCAAGAUGAUGCUCUGGAGAUUCUAAAGUGGAUCGCUGCGCAAGACUGGUGCACUGGAUCGAUAGGAAUGAUUGGUAUUUCUUGGGGCGGUUUUAAUGGCCUACAAGUUGCGGCUCGUCGACCACCAGAGCUCAAGGCUGUUAUUUCUAUCUGUUCUACGGAUAUGCGCUACGAUGAUGAUAUUCAUUACAUGGGCGGUUGUAUCUUGACAGAAAACCUGACUUGGGCUGCUUCUAUGUUCUCAAUCAACUCAUCCCCUCCCGAUCCAGCAUUAGUCGGUGAUCAGUGGCGCAAACUCUGGUUAGAACGUCUCGAAUCAGGAGGGCUAUUCGCCGAGGAAUGGCACCAGCAUCAACAACGCGACGACUUCUGGAAACAUGCAUCCAUUGGAGAGGACUACGACUCUAUUCUGUGUCCCGUGUAUCUGGUCGGCGGAUGGAUGGAUCCUUAUACCAACACGAUCUUCAGAAUGUUGGAAAACUUAAAGGUGCCUAGAAAGGGCCUUGUUGGUCCAUGGGGUCACAAGUAUCCAAACUUUGGGUAUCCUGGGCCUCAGAUUGGAUUUCUGCAAGAGUCGAUCAGAUGGUGGGAUAAAUGGCUAAAAAGAAGUGAGACGGGUAUUAUGAAAGAGCCCAUGCUGCGAUGCUAUCUUCAGGAUGCGACCCCUCCUGCACCAUAUAUGGAGCAUCGCCCAGGCCGUUGGGUUGCUGAGAAUAGCUGGUCCGAUUCAAAACCGGCUUUGAUGAGACUGGGUCUUUCAGCUGGUCAGUUAACAACUGACGGCUCGACCAGCAAUGACAGGCUUGAAAUUUGCUCUCCCCAAACGGUUGGCUUUGCGGGCGGUAGAUGGUUGAUCUUUGGCGUUGAAGGCGAAGGACCUGGUGAUCAACGUCUAGAAGCGGGAGGAAGUCUCUUGUUUGACUCGCAACAUCUAACCGAACCGUUAGACUUCCUUGGGGCUCCGGUGUUGAAACUGCGGAUUGCGAGUGAUAAGCCAAAUGCUUUAGUAGCAGCGACCUUGUCCGAGGUAUUGCCUAAUGGUGCAGCGACCAAGGUCUCUCACGGCGUACUCAACUUGACACAUCGCCAUGGCCACGAAAAUGUGCGACCCUUGGAGCCUGGGAAGUUUUACGAUGUUACUCUCAAGCUAAAUCAUUUAGGGCAGCGUAUCGGUGCUGGAAGUCGCCUUCGUCUUGCGCUGUCCUCGACUUACUUUCCCUUGGUCUGGUCAUCCCCAGAGGUCACAACCCUCACUGUCGACUGUGCUCACAGUGCCCUUGAUCUCCCAGAGAGGAGUGAUAAUCCACAAGACUCGCAACUCAAACCAUUUAAGCCAGCCGUCAACGGGUCACUCUCACAAACUGAGCUUCGACCAGCUAAGCAUAGAAACUAUGUCACAAAUGACUGGGACUCAGGCGAAACCGCCCUUUGCGUGGAUUGGGAUGACGGAAUGUGGGAAGUCAACGAAACAGGUUGGAAAUAUGGUUGGUGGACAGGUUUGAAGUCAAGUGUGAAACCAGAUGAUCCACUGUCGGCGGAAGUUGAGCAGCGAUUUGAGAGGGACUUUGAGAGAGAUGAUAUUGUUAUCAAGACGAAGGGUUGGACCAAGAUGAAGAUGACUAAAACUGAUAUGAUCAUCACAGCUCGUCUUGAUGCUUUUGAGAAUGGGGAGGCUGUCUUUGGGCGGGACUUUUCUUUUACGAUUCCUCGAGAUCACGUGUGAUACUUGAAUAUUCAGAGAAUAUAAACAGCU